CCCUUUGUUUGUGUUGUUAGGCUUCCGUCUCCGUUGCGGAGCCCCCCCAGCCCCCCCUCCCCCACUCACUCUUCUACCAAAACUGCGUCCUCUCUUUGUUUCCCGUGGCUCUGUGGUAGUCGUUUUUGUGUCGGACCCUGGAUAGCGCGCGUGAGAGAGAGAGAGAGAGCCCCUGUGAAAUGCAGUCGGGGAAGGACGCCAUACGCUUCCUUUUUCCUUUGUCUGUCUGUUUGCGUGUGUGGCGAAGUUGUUUCUGUCUGUGGUGAAGAUUUGCAGAGGGUGUUUCGAGAGAGAGGGCAGCAGUGGAGGGGUAUGAGGGUAUGCAAUUGCGGUGGAUGUAAGAGAAUAUCGAUGGUGAUUUUCAGGAAGACAAGGUGCUGGAGGAGCGCUUGAGUGUAGGCAGGGACCGACGGUGGUAGUGAGUGUCGUCGGUGCAAGUUGAGGUGGUGGGAAAGGUCGAUGUCUGUUGCGAUGAUCAUCGGUUGUGUCGAGGGGGUUGACAACCUCGGUGGUAUGAGUUGAUGGAGAGAGUGGUGCCUGUGCAUGAUUUGCAAGGUGUUUUUGGGAGUAGUUAGGUGUUUUUGAAAAUAGUGAGCAGUGAUCGACAGGCGGGGCUUUUGUGUUAGCAAAUUGGAGACAAGAGAAAGAGCGAGUCUGGCGGGUAGGAACGCGUCGUCUUGUGUAUGCUCUGGCUCAGGGAGGUAAAGUGGCGUAUGCUGGAGUUGAUGCUUGGUAUAUCGGAGAAGGGAUCCGGUUGUGCAAGUGACGUAGUUUACUUUAGUGCAUUCUUAGAUUAUGUAACGCAUGGUGUGUUUCGCGUGAGUAUUGGUUUUCAUGUGGAUUCGUGCGGCCGGCCUUGCGGGGUGUUGUGAUCAUGUUGGAAGAGGUGGUGUUCUUGGAGUCUUUGUGCAACCGUAAUUUAGUGCCUUUCUGCUCUUAAUUGGUGGAUUAUAUGUAGCCCUAUUGUGCCUGGCUUCCCAGUGUUGCUGAAUUAUCUGCCCUCAAUUCAGGCAGACGCUUUUCAUCUCUGGCGAUAAGAAGGCUGACAGUUACGGUGGCAUAUUUAUAAGGGCCUAUCUGAAUCUUGUCUCCACAAACGAGUCCCAAGUAGAUCUUGCGCCCGGUGAGUAAGGAAGUGUAGUUCUUGACUGAGCACGGGCGCCAGGUCACAGCUGUUGAAGCUUAGGCCCUGAACGCCUGAUACUGGUUACUGGAGCGAAAUCUAUGUUGGCAUGAAAGCGAUAUGUGGUCGCGGUGAUGUAGGUGUAUCAGAUGCUCGGAUAUGAGUAAUCAGGAAUGGAAAGGGCUCCGAUUUUCGACAGAGGGACGGGAAUUGGUGACAUAGAUGGUUUUAUCGGUUUUGGCUCUGUCCAUUUGGGGGUUGUUUAGGUGCAUGCGACAAAUAACGUCGGUACAAUCAUCACGCGUUCACAAUCGGCCCUCAACGGCGUCUUCGUCACUCAACAUGGAAGUCAUAUCUUUGAGGGAGGAUGAUCGGGUGGAGCGGACGCAACGAGAAAUACAUGCUGCUCUCUUGCAUAAUCCUGUCAUGGCAGAGCGGAGUCACACUGUUAGGGAGCGGGAGUUGACCUUGGAGCGGGGAUUAGAAAUACAGGAUCGAGAGGCGCACUUUAUGUCAUCUGCGCGAGCACAGGCCCUGGUGUCUCCCGUGGGCUUGCGAUCAACGUCCAGUAAGCGCAAACUGGACGAUUAUGAAAUAGGAGUGGCUGAAUCAUCCGUGUCUGCGACCUCCCAGGUACGGGCGAGAAGAGAGACCAGGGAAGAUGUGCAGGAAGGGAGUGUGACAGAGUCCAGUGGUAGGGAAAGAUUUGAGAUAGGAUUAUUAGUAGGUGCAGCUGAAGCUCAGCCUCUCGAUGGAGAGAGCCAAAUGCGCGAAGAAGAUGGAAACGCUGCCCUUGACGACGAUUCCACUUGGGAAGACGAGCCUAAUUGGAAUCUGAGUUCGUCUGAAGAAAUUGGCGAGUCAAGUAAGGAACCCCCUGACAAAAUCGAGGAUAGCAGCAGAGCAGAAGAGGACCGCAGGCUUGAAGAGGUCAGUGAGGACCAUGGCAGCACGCUUCAGGUUGUCUUGGGUGGGCCUACAAUGGUCGUUGAUUCUGGUAGCAAUCCGUAUGAGUUCACUUUGACAAGCGAUCCGACAAACAGAUCAUCGACCGGAGUAUCGUUGUCUUCUUUAGGCGUCAAUGAUGUAGGGCGUGUUGAAGUGGAGGCUGGCCAUUCAGGGAGCAAUGAAGGGAGGACUGAUGAUCUUGCAUCAUCAGAUGUACAGAUAGAAGGAGAAACAGCUGAUGACGAGUUUUCUGCUAAAGAGCUGGAAAGAGAUGGGAUAAUUGAUUGUCAGGAGGAGCUUAUCAGCGGAAAUCACAGGAAUUCGAGUACUUUGAUGACUCGACCUGGUGAUUUUAUUGCGAGCAGCAUCAGCAGCAUUUCUAAUCUAACAGUUGGAACCUCAGCUGGGCGGAUGAAUGACGAGAGACUAGUGAGGAUUGAUGGAUGCUCUUCCUCACCAAUGGAGUUAAGCCCUGCACGUCUUCAAUUCUUUGUUCGAACAUAUGGUCGUACGAUUGUACUGCACGCUCAUGCAUCUGAUCUGGUGGAGUCAGUUCAUCAACAAAUUUUCGCGAAGACUGGACUUCCUGUCUCAGAACAAAGACUUAUUUUUGGUCGGCUGCAGCUCCAGCACGACCAGACAUUGGAGUCUUGCCAAUUUUACAAUGAUGCCACACUGACCCUAGUUGCUCGGAUGAGGAGUACCGCUCUUCCUGCUUCGUGGCAGCUUAUCAAUGAUCUUGUGGCCACUAUUAGGCAUAUGUGUGAUGUUGGUGACCAACAGCUUGGUCUGAAGCUGAUGCAUUCACAAGAUUGUGUGCGAGCAAGCGUGCAGGAAUUUUUGAAAAUGGCUGUGAAAUCUGUGCCUGUCUCUGAGCACAUGCAGGUUUUCGAGCUGGCCGGAGCAACAUCUGCCUUAGUCAUGUUGCUCCUAUCUCCUGUGGAGAGCAAUAGAGAAUGUGCUGAAGAUGCCAUUACCCUAUUUCUAUCUUCAAAUGAUGAGUAUUUGCCCGCCAGCAUCCACCGCCAUUGCGCACCAGUGCUUCUAGAUUUUUGCAAACUUCUAAACAAAAGUGCUCCUAAUCAUAAUCUGUAUGCAUCCUGCCGACAAACAUUGGCUCGACUGCUUGAAACUGUGGGAGUAGCCCAUGGAAGUCCAUACUUCAAUGAAGCUAAAGCAGAAAAAAUUGUGGAAGACUUUGCCCCUUUUGUGAACGAGCUCUCUGCUCGGUUGACUCAAAAUUUGCGAUGUACUGCUAAGGCUUACGCGAGCAAGGAAUCACCUGUCAGCUUUUCUUCAUAUGUGAAGGAAGCUAAAGACUUCACUGCAUUUGUGAUACCGCUUUGUAAAGCUAUUGAGGUUUGUAAGGGAAUCGAUACUUCUGGAUCUGGAAGCAUUGCAAAAGAAUCUGCAGUUGUCCUUGCUGAGUGCCCUUGUAAUACUGAUAAUGCUGUGGUUUCUGAAGGACUUCUGUCAGCGUAUGAUUUUACAAGAAACAUAGCAGCUGAAGUGGGAGCUGAAAUUGGAUCACACGGUUGGCUGCGGCAGUUGUUCAAAGAUCUCCUGCUAGAGGUUGACAGCUGCCUGGAAGCUGUUGGGCUUGUCGCAGAACGACAAAAUGAGUCGUAUGGGCCAGAUUCGAUUGUAUCUGAGGAUCGUCCCUUUGGAUUGGCUCCAUUUCUUGUUGUUCUUAAGGGACUGCACGCCAUUGCAAAGCUUUAUGAGGGGGCGAUGGCAGACCUUAUGGAGAUGCUACUGGUGCGGCGGGUUUCGCUUAAUAUUCUAAUUAGGCAAUCUCGGUGGCAGCAGGACGAAGAUUUCUGGUUAUUGGAACACAAAUCAUUAUUAGAUUUUGAAUCAAAGAGACGUCUGGUGAUGGCUAUGCUUCCUGAACCUCAGGAUGACCAUGAUGAGCGACAAGAAGUAGUCGUGAAGCGAGCAACGCUUUUGACGGAGUCUUUUGAGCAACUCGCGUACGUUGAGCCAGAAGUGCUUCAGGGAGGUAUCUCUGUGGAGUUCGCGACCGAGGAAGCCACUGGACCAGGGGUAUUACGUGAGUGGUUCUCAAUGAUAUGCCGAGAGAUUUUCAAUCCGCAAAACGCCCUUUUCUUGGCCUGUCCCAACGAUAGACGGAGGUUUUUCCCAAAUCCUGCAUCUGGAGUGAACCCUGGACAUCUUACAUACUUUAGGUUUUGUGGGCGAGUAAUUGCUCUAGCAUUGAUGCACCGUGUGCAAAUGGAUGUGGUGUUUGCUCUCUCUUUCUUCAAACAGCUGGCGGGGCUGCCAGUUCUGUGGGAAGAUGCAAAGGAUGCUGACCCAACACUGUACGAAAGCUGCAAGAAAAUUUUGGAGUUGGAUGCUGAUUUGAUUGAUACCGAUAUCUUGGGCCUAACUUUUGUCAGUGAAGUUGAAGAAUUGGGUUCCCACAAAUCAAUGGAACUCUGCCUGGGUGGAAAAGAUAUGGUGGUGACUAGUGAAAAUCGCAGACACUUCGUUGAAUUGCUGGUCCAGCGGCGAUUAGUGUCUUCUGUUGCGGAACAGGUCAAAUCAUUUUCACAAGGUUUCUCAGAUUUGCUUCUUAACAGCACCACCCAUCAACAGUUUAUACGAGCGCUGACACCUGAGGAUCUUGAUCUGAUGCUAUAUGGAAAGGAUAGGAAUAUUUGUCUUGAAGAUUGGAAAGCACACACUGAAUACCAUGACUACUCUGCAACCGACGAUUACAUAAUCUGGUUCUGGCAGAUUGUGGAGAAGAUGGCCCCAGACCAGCGUAGAAGGCUUCUCUUCUUCUCAACUUCAGUAGUACACUUGCCAGCAGAAGGUUUUGCGGGACUUUCAUCAAAGUUCCAUAUCCAUAGGGCUCAUACGGAUAUAAGUUGGUUGCCGACUGCUCAUACAUGCUUCUAUCAACUGGUUCUUCCAGCCUACCCAACUUAUGAAAUCAUGUGUGCACGGUUACUGGCAAUUACAGAGCGUCAUGUCGCAGAAGGUUUUGGGUUUGCUUAGGCAAAAUAACAGGGUAACGAUUGUAAAGAGAAAUACACAUUCCCCUUUUGCUGUGAGUCAGGAGAUUUCAUUGGGAGAACGAGGUACGUUCAUCCUUCGCCAGAAAAGCUACCUUCAAUGCUCUGUGUUCAGCUUGGUGAUGCACAUUGCAGAGGAUGGAAAUAGAUUUUUUGUUGUAAAAUAUAUGAAAGACACAUGAAAAGAUGCUGCAUCAAGGUGAGACAGGACUUCCUAGUUUGUUUGAAAUAUUCUUUAGUGGACCAGGGUGGAAGGUCUGAUUCAUCCACAUGUGUUCCUUUCAGUCACUUCAAGGAAAUAAAUGUGUCAGUUCUUGUAGCAA